UCACCGGCGAAAGUUUCGCUUUCAUCAAGCUCGUAUAACAGAUAGACUAGGGAUUGCCUCACUAUACAACUCAUGGCUUUGGAAAUCACGCUAGAAGUACUUGACGAGUUCACUGUGUGUUUCUAAUUUACUGAACAGUAAGGAGCUGGAUUGGUUCUAUAAAUUUAGAAUCAUAACUGUGAAAUUGGUACUCGUUCUAGGGUUUUGUUGAAGACACAUUUCCACGACUUGUAAACUGUCAACCGUAGCAAGAAUAUUUACAUCACAGYGAUACCAAAACCCUUCAUCUGGAUUUUCUUGUGUGAAAACAAGCCUSAAAAACGGAAAUAAGAAAACCAGGAUUCACUACGGAUAUCAAUUGAUUACCGGCACGAUCCUCCAAGACUCGACACUCUACCCUCUACAGAGAUUUCUAUGAAUUGAGCGGACUAAAGCAAGGACAACAACGGACAUCGACGCUCACAACAACGUCGAACCUACAGCUUCUAGUGGAACUUGGACGAGAAAACGCUCCGUACCGCCAAAUAAUUUACACAUCGUUGAAAGUUUUCCGGUCUCCACUACGACUCAAGACAACUUCCUAAGUGUUUAAUGGACAUGGAAGAGCAGAUUACUAACGCAAGUCGAGGCCAGGCCCCGAAUAUGAAGGUUUGUGCAGGCUGCGGUGAUAAAAUCAUCGAUCGGUUUUUGCUGUUCGCGUUGGAUCAGUAUUGGCAUGUAAACUGCCUAAAGUGCUCGUGUUGUGAAGCUCGGUUGGGUGAAAUUGGGACUUCGUGUUAUUCUAAAGGCGGUAUGAUUUUGUGCAAGACGGAUUAUGUGAGACUAUAUGGAACUAGUGGAGCAUGCGCGGUUUGCGCCAAGUUAAUUCCCGCCACUGAACUUGUCAUGAAAGUUUUGGGCAAAGUUUAUCAUUUGCACUGUUUUACAUGCACGACCUGUCACAACCAACUCGUUUCGGGAGACAGAUUUCAUGUCGUGAACGGACGGCUUUUUUGCGAGAAUGACGACCCCAAUUUACUAAAACAGAUCCAUGCUGCCAAGCAAACGGUCUGCUGAUAAUAAGAAAACAGAUGGAUUUAUUUUUUAGAAUCAAGAGAAAAAUUUUCUCCGUCAGAAAAGGCGCUGAAGAUCAGAGUGUGAAGAUCAUGGUGAUCCCCUCAGUAGUCUAAAAGUUGGCUGCGAGAUCUUCCAAGCUUUUAGAUGGAUUUGUUUUAAAUCGUAGAAAUCUGACGGUAAUCAAUACCGUGAUUUUAAAAAUCUACCGCUGGAACCGCACUGUGAGGGACUUUUUAGUCUUUGAGAGCGAAAGUGUCAAAGACGAUCGACCACAAUGAUGAAUACAAGAAACUCAUAGCGUUGAGUAYACGUUCAUAGUAUUUAGGGGYAUUUUUACUCAGAAUGACAAUCCAAUAAUUGAUUAAAUCUUUGUAAUAUUUUGUUGUCCCAAAACCCUACAACGCAUUCACCAGUUUAAUGGAGUAGGAUUAAGGCAAUUUAACAGCACAUUGAACACCAAACUAAGAUAAUUCCCGAUCCUCACUGCUGUCAGAUUAACAUGCCUUAAAUCCACUCUAACAGUAAUGAUGACAUAUGACUCGUGAAAGCAAGCUUAAAACACACUCUUGAUAUAUUACUGUGAAACAUCCAUUAUUGUUGAUGGCUUGGAGCUUAUGAACUAAUUAGCUAGGCUUGGUUUGAUUGAUGACAACAUAAAGCCUCACUCUAAUUCCACAAAAACUUAGUAUUGUUCAGCUUUGGGCGCUCUGAAGUAUAUUACUUCGCAUGAGAAAUAAAUGGCCUGUCAUAGGCGCUUUAGUGGAAGCUAAUUUGGCUUAAAAAGCCAUUUUCAAGAGUACCCUGAGAUUUAGACUUCAAUUCUGAGAAUAAGCAUUUCUGGAAGAUUUUAGGCGCCAUGAUCUCAACACCACUUAUUACACGGUUAGAUUUGUGAGGGAUUGUCAGCCAGGGAAAAGAAAGCUAAUUAACUUUUGUGAAAAGCAUAUUGACAAUCUCUAACCCAUCUAUCCGUACGUUGAACCCUUCGCGGAGAAUGUAAAUAAACGUUGGAGUUUUUAAUAAAGAAAGAGCAAUUAAGGAACCUCUAUUCAUCAAAUGUUACAUGAAACUUUGUCACUUCACCAAACAUUGAACAAUAGAAAAGAAAAAUAAUUAUUCGUGUAUAUAAUAGAAAAUAAAUGCCAAACUACAAGAGCAAUUAAAGUUUAUUAAAUGAAAGUAUUCGCUUCCUUUU